UUUUGUGUCGCAAGGACCAUCAAAAGUGGCAGUGAACUUUGUUUUCUAAAUUUGUCAUGUUGACUCUCUCACCUGGAUGAUUUUUACUGGCAAGGUUCAUCAUAAGCUGGCAAUACAUCUGGAAUUUUAAAAUUCUGGCAUUUUGCAGCAGCUCUAACAUCUAUUAAUGUUACCAACUCAUAGUAGAAGCAUUCCUGUUGCAGUCCUGUUUCAAUCAAUUUGACCACCACCACUGGACUGGAUUUAAAGAAGAACGAUGCAACUCAUAAGGAGUACUGUAGUAGAUUUUUGAAGGAUGUUCAGAGACUGGAGCUGUUACUGUAAUCUGACAUGUUUGCUUGAAGUUAUUUUUAUACUCUGGUGUAAAUUGGCUUUCGUUGCGGCUUUGCAAAAAAAUUCAUCUGGGUUCACAACAACAUGUAAUUUUAGUGACGGGAGUGUUUACACUUGUGAACAUGGUGGUUUAUGUGGACCAAACAAAACAUGUCAUUGUCAAUCUGGUUACUACGGCCACAGCUGUGAGGACCAAGUUGUCACUACCGUGAUAGUUGUAUUGAUUUGUGUAAUGCCACCAAUUUGUUGGACAGUUCUCUGUAUUUAUGGAUGUAAAAACUAUGAUAGCAGCCAAAGGCAGAGGCAGAUGGAUAGCGGGAGCAGAUCAUUCCAUACGGAUGACGAGUCUGUGCCAGCUGGCAUUAACGAUCAGCCGCCGUGUUAUAAUGAUGUUACAAACCCCUUCCACCAUUCCAUUAGAUCUCAUCAUAUAGAUCACUGUGGUAAUACAGAUCAUCCGCCGGCAUACGAUGAAGUCAUGAAAGCGUUUAGAAGUAUUAAGAAUUCACGGAAAAGCAGUAAGGUCAACACAUCAACGAUUUCAUUGGGCUCAAAAAAUUCCGCUUUUUCUUUUGAACUGGAUGAUAUUGAAAUGGCUCAGGAGGUUUAACCUGUGAGCUGUCGAUUUUUUUUUUUUUUUCGAUACUACACCUUGCAAACCAAUUAAUAUUAACAGGAGUAGUAAUUUUUUUUAAAUUAUUCUUUUACAUACAUUUAUAGAAGAUGUAAAAAAUGAAUUUAACACCUUGUUUUAUAUUCUCAAAUAAAAUCAAAAUGUGUAAGAAAUAUG